AUGGGACCUGGGAGAAUAUUAAUCUGUAAGAGGGAUGUCCUGGACCAGCGACUAGACAGACGAGUAGAUGACAUGAUAGAACGCGGCCUCCUGCAGGAGCUCAAGGACUUUCACGCUGACUACAACAGGCAGCGGCUGAAGGAGGGGCAGCUGGCUGAUUACACCAAGGGCAUUUUUCAGAGCAUUGGCUUCAAGGAGUUCCACCAGUAUCUUGUGCUGUCUGAAGAGGAGCAGCAGACUGAGGCUGGCAAGAAGUUGUAUAAAGCAGGAGUUACGUCACUAAAGCAGGUGACAAGACGGUAUUCAAGAAGGCAACUGAAAUGGAUCAAGCACCGGUUUCUUCUCCCAGCUGACCGUCAGGUUCCACCUGUCUUCGCCCUAGAUGGCUCUGACCAAGCAAGUGGGACGAGCAAGCGGCUGGCCGCGAGGGUGUUGUGCAAGCGCUAG